AUGAGAGACUCAAAUGGCGACGGCCAUGAUUUUGACGAUGGGGCAGGCGAAGUUUCUGAUUGGACGCCAAAUCGAAAAAACCCCUCGAGGUUGGAUUUCUCCAAUCAUGAAUCUGGCGUGACUUCAACUGGGCUUGACAUGAGGCCAGCAAUAUCAUCAAUGUUCAAUUCACCCUCGUUUUCUCUGUCGAGUGGUAUCGACCAACGCGCAAUGCGCACUCUAAGCAUCUUUUUUCACGAAAACCGACGAACUGCGCUGAUCACGCCGUUGGAGUCCUCACUUACCUUUCAGUUGUUCCACUCAGAACCAGCUUAUCGAGACUUUAUGAGUGCCUUCAUCACCCUUGUCCACGCCGACUACGAGCCUCCGGAACCGAAUGCCAAAGUUUAUGUUUAUCAGUGUAUACUCAAUGGAAUCAAACGCAUGCGUGAAGCGCCCCACCAGAUAGACGAUGAAGCCCACGUUCGCUGUAGAGCUCUGCUAGCUCUACUUGAAGUUGUGAGGUGUCACGGUGGCCGCAAUUUUCUUCCUAUCGCCAAGGCGGCGAUGACGUUAUUCAAGGAAUGGGAGCUGGAUAUGAAGAACACGACUCCUGAAAUCGCGCUUCGAAGAAGAAACAUCAUUGCUCGCUACAUACCCGUCCUGAGAACGGUCCAAAAUCACGGGGCCGAAAUCUUGGCAAUCCAGCCGCCUCCUAAGAAGCCAAUACUUCCUAAUCCACCGCCGCGUCCCAACUUUCAGUCCAAUUUCUUCGAAUUCGUUGCGGGGAUGGAAAUGACAAAUCUGAUCAACGAAAGCUACGGACACAGUAUUUAUGAGCCAGCCAAUCGAAUCGCUUUAUCCCGUCGACUUCGUGAAUGGUAUGAGAUGUUCCAAGACGCAACUUCGCAGCCCGAUUUGCUCAGUAUGGAUGACAUAGCGCAAGCGCGUCUCUAUCUUGCUCACUACAUCCGCUGCACAAUUCUCUUGGAUGCUUGCGUAAUGGACACGGAAACCCGCUAUUCCAAGCACGACACCGACUUCUCUACUCUAAUUGAGUGCAUAGAACGUGUGUUAUCUGGUGACAAUUGGCAAAAUGAGAAUAUGUGGCUAGGGAUUACGCUCAAUACGGCACCGAGCCCUGAAAUUGCUCGAGAGCCAUGA